AUGCCAAUCCUCGCAGGAAAGCAGAUUACCCAGAAUGGAUUGGGAUUGAUGCGCCUUACAUGGAAAGAUGAUGUAACUCCCGACGAAAAAGCCUUCAAGAUCCUAAAAGCUGCCCUGGCCGCCGGCGUCAAUGUCUGGAACGGAGCCGAUUUCUACGGCACACCUGACUGCAACUCCCUCCACCUCAUGAGCCGCUACUUCACCAUCUACCCCGAAGAUGCAGACAAGGUUGUUCUCACAAUAAAAAGUGGUGUCGCCGACAUGCGCACCUUCAGAAUGGACGGCUCAGCAGCCGCAGUCCGCAACUACGUGAAUCGCGCAAACCAAAUCCUCGACGGAAAGAAAAAAAUCGACAUCUUCGGCUGCGGCCGUGUAGAUCAGAACGUCCCCAUCGAAGAAACAGUCGGUGCCCUCGCAGAGCUAGUGAAGGAAGGAAAAAUUGGCGCAAUUCAAUUGAGCGAAGUGAGUUCCGACACGAUUCGCCGCGCGGCAAAGAUCACCAAAAUCGAUAUGGUCGAGGCGGAGAUUAGCCUGUGGGCUACGGAUGUCUUUGAAAAUGGCGUCGCGGAGACAUGUGCGGAGCUGGGGAUUGUGAUGGUUGCGCAUACACCUCUCGGGGCGGGUAUGCUUACGGGCCAGAUCAAGAGUCUGGAUGAUAUGCCUGCGAAUGAUUAUCAUCGGUUCUUCCCGCGCUUCCAGCCUGAGAACUUUGAUACCAAUUUGAAGCUUGUUGAUAGGAUCAAGGAUAUUGCAGAGGAGAAGGGGUGUACAGCGGCUCAGUUGGCGCUUUCUUGGAUUAAGGCUCAGAGUGAUCGGGCUGGGAUGCCGGUCUUUGUUCCUGUGGCUGGUGCGAGGUCGGAGGAGAGAGUGCGGGAGAAUGCGACCAAUAUCCAGCUCUCUGAUGCUGACAUGAAGACUAUUCAAUCUAUUCUGGAUAGUUUCCCUGUUGCGGGGCAUAGAUACCCCCCAGCGGCUGCAAAACUGACCGAGUACUAA